AUGACAACUCGUGCUAUUAAAGCACCGAGAUACCCGCAGUUAACCCUCCGGGUAUACCAGGCCAACAGUUCUCUUCUUGCCGAACCAAUCUGGGAGGAGGAUCUUGGAGAAGACCCCAUGGGCAGCAUUCUCAGGGAGCUAGAUGCGGCUGAACGAAUGGAAGUUGAGGUUUUCAUGCGCCUAGGAGGACUGAUAGCGUGA